GACCUGACCAGGUACCCGACCGGUAAACCUGGGAUCUAACCAGACCCAGGACCUAAUGGGUAGACUUGAGACCCGAUGGGCAUGGGUCGAAAUUUUGGAUCCGAAAAGUCUCGUCCGGGUCUAAAACCUGUACUGUUUUUCUCUCUCUCAAUUAGGUUCAAACUGUGAAUCCCCCACAUGGAUUUAUGCAAAAGUGGCAAAAAAUGAUCGCCCAAUAUGAAAAUCUUAACUAUCUCUCUCUAGAUCAAGUCAGUGCGUGAGCUCUCUCUGCAGCUAUUAAUCUCUCUCUCUCACGAUAUUGCAAUGCAAUGCUUCCAGUUUCCUCCCAAUUUCUAUAAUCUAAAACCAACAUGAAUUCUUGACUCUCUCCCUCUCUCGAUAUCGCAAUGCAAUGCUUCCAGUUUCCUCCCAAUUUCUAUAAUCUAAAACCAACAUGAAUUUCCUGACUCUCUCUCUCUCUGAACCACACCCAACCAUGAGCAACCAAGGAUGGAGCCCAAGAGAGCAACACUGCAUCUCUCUCCUCAAGAGAACCAACAAUCCUCUCUCUCUCUUCCAAAUCCAUGCCCACAUGCUCAGAAAUGGCUUGGAAACCAAUCUCUCUCUUCUCACCAAAUUCAUCGCCGCCUUAUCAGAAGCCUCUGGAUUCCGGCACCCACUUGAUGGAAUCCGGCAUGCUCAAAAGGCCUUCGAUUGCCGCCUCUCUCAAGACCCAUUUCUCUGCAACUCCAUGAUCAGAGCCCACACUCUCCAUAACCAAUUCCAUGAGUCUUUCUCUCUCUACAAAACACUGAACCGACAAAAAACUUUUGGUUUCAGACCAGAUUGCUACACCUUUCCAUUUUUGGUCAAAUCCUGUGCUACCAACUCAGCCAUUGAUGAAGGGAAGCAACUCCACACCCAUGUAUUCAAACUUGGAUUUCGGUUUGAUCUCUUUGCUUCUACUGCUAUGGUCGAUAUGUAUUCAAAAUUUGGAAAUUUGAUCGAAGCUCAAAGACUUUUCGAAGACAUGAGAGAGAGAAGCUUGGUUUCAUGGACCACCAUUGUUGCUGCUUUUGCCAGAGCUGGAGACAUGGCCAUGGCUGAAAAUUUAUUUAGAGCCAUGCCUGAUAAGGACCUCAUUGCUUAUAAUGCCAUGAUUGAUGGGUAUGUCAAGGCCAUGGAUAUGACUUCUGCAAAGGAAGUCUUUGAUGAAAUGCCUGAGAGAAAUGUGGUUUCUUGGACCACCAUGAUCACUGGUUACUGUAAAGCUGGAGCUCUCGACAGAGCUAGGGUUUUGUUUGAUCAAAUGCCUGAGAAAAAUUCAGUUUCUUGGAGUGCUAUGAUUAGUGGGUAUAGGCAAAACAGAGAGCCAAGCUUGGCCAUUGAAUUAUUCAGAGAAUUUCAAGUUAGCUCGACUUUGGACCCAGAUGCAAACAUGGUGAGGAGCUUGGUUCCAGCCAUAGCGGAUGUGGGUGCGCUAAGGCUUGGCAAGUGGGUCCAUGCCUAUGCUCGACGAAUGGGAUUUACUCACGACGUUAGGCUUUGCACAACGUUAGUGGAUAUGUAUGCGAAGUGUGGGGACAUCGAUGAGGCAAGAAGAGUGUUCGAUGAGAUGGUGAAUAGAGAAACAGGAACUUGGAAUGCUUUGAUUGGCGGUUUAGCAGUGAAUGGGAGGGGGAGGGAGGCUUUGAUAGUUUUCUCGGAGAUGAGGGAGAAAGGGGUGAGGCCUAAUGCGGCAACAAUGGUAGUGGUUCUUAGGGCUUGCGGGCACGCGGGGUUGGUGGAGGAAGGGAAGAGGAUCUUUGAAGGCAUGUUGAAGGUGGUUAGAGAAAGAAAGGAGGGGGAGGUGGUGUUGGGAGAGGUGGUGAGGGGAGGUGCUGAGAGAGAGGAUGAUGGGAAAAGGAAAUUAAGAGAGAAGGUGAAGUUGGGUCAUGAGAGAGAAGAUAUGUGCAGCGGAGAGAGAGCCUCUGAGGGGGUCAGACAAAGUAAGGGGAUAUAUGGAGAGAUGAUGAGAGGGGAUGAUGAGAGACAUGGGAGAAUUAUUCUCAUUGCUAAAGAGGGGAAGAUGAAUUUUAGAGAGAGAAUAAGUGGUUAUGAUGAGAGAGAAAAUUUUGGGGUUGCACCUGAAAUUGAGCACUAUGGGUGCAUGAUUGAUCUAUUGGGGAGGGCUGGGUUUUUGGAUGAGGCUGAGGAAUUAAUUGAGAGAAUGCCAUUUGAAGGGAAUGACGUGGUUUGGAGCUCUUUGCUCUUUGCUUGCAGGUGUUAUGGGGAUGUGAAGAGGGCAGAGAGAGUGGUGGGGAGAUUGGGAAGAGAGGGUUGGAGUGUUGCGGAUUGGGUUGGUUUGAGGAAUGCAUAUGCAGGAGAAGGGAGGUGGGGUGAUGUGGAGGGAAUGAGAGGGUUGAUGAUAGAGAAAGAGGAGAGGAAAAGUGUUGGAUGUAGUGUGAUUGAGGUUGAUGAGAGAGUGUGGGAAUUUUUGGCUUGUGAUAGGAGGCACCCUGAUUGGAAGGAAAUAUAUGGGAUGUUGGGACAGUUGGGGAAGCACAUUACAGAGGGUGGUUGAUGUUUUGUGUGUGUGUGAGAGAGAGAGAGAGGGGGGGAGUUGAUACUUAGAGAGAGAGAGAGGGU